AGCUUCGGUUUGACUGAAUCGGUUUGAAGAAUCAAAUCACAUGUGGAUGAUUCUUCAGUGAUGCCGCGUUGUUUCAUUCACUUUAAUGAAGUCGUUUAACUCAUCUGAGGAUCUGAACUGAUCGAGAUGAUGAUGGAGUGUGAAAUCGAGCGAGCGAAGAUCUUCUGGGAGGAAGUGGAUGUUGAUGGAGAGUUUGAUGAGCUGAUGGAGGUUCUUUCACGUUUAAGAGAUGCGAUCAGACACAACACUGCGACAGACAGAGAGUAUGUUCAUGCCAUGAAGAUCAUUCUGGAGUCUAAACUGGUCGUCCUCAGGAACGAAGCCUUCGAAGAGGUGCUGAUCGAUGAAGAUAUUCUGACCGUGACCGUGUCAGAGUCUCAGUGUUCUCCCGAGAGUUUGAGGAACGGCGUGGAGACGGAGGACGUCCUGCAGAAAGACAGCUCACGACUCUCCAGAGACGUGGAGUCGAGCUCAGACUACAGUCAGAUGUCUUCAGCCAGCAGAAACGACGGCGUGAGUGGUCAGGAUCCGACGCUGCUUCUGUCUCCUCUGAGCUUCUGUUCUGAAGAGCCGAGGUCUCCCGUCCCGCUCGUCUACCAGCCGCACGACUGCAGCCCGGCGUGUGUCCCGCAGCUGCCCGCUCACGCCGACCGCUUCCUGGGCCACAACCCGCUGCGAGUGCCCAUGCUGUGCCAGUUCCAGCGCCACUGCGUUCGGGUUCGAGCCGCCAGUGGCGAGCAGGAGGACGAGUGUGACGCGCAGGACGUGAUUUACAAAGCGCCGUGUGGGCGGGGCCUGCGCUCCAUGGAGGAGGUGCUUCAGUUCCUGCUGCAGUCGGACACUCUGGGCGUGUUGCAGCCGAACAAUUUCAGCUUCAAUUCGCAGGUUUUUCCGGAACAUCCGGCACGAGCUCCCGCCUCGUCUGCGCUUCUGUUCGAGCGAGACCUCAGCCACGGGAUCGAGCCGGUUCCCGUGCCGCUGUUCAAUGAGGUGGACGGGACACGCCUGAAAGAGUUUCGCUACCGCAAAGAGCGCUGGCCGCACGGCUGCUUCCUCAGUGCAGCGCCGUUUUUCACAGCGUGCUGCGACUGCGAGGACGGCUGCGCAGAUGAUCAGAGCUGCGCUUGUGUUCAGCUGACGGUCAGAGCCGGAGGACACGGUCAUGCUUACAGACACCAGCGACUGAGCGAGCCCCUGAGUGCAGGGUUGUUCGAGUGCGGCCCGUGGUGCAGCUGUAAAAAGAGCCUCUGUCAGAACCGUGUGGUCCAGAAGGGGCUGCGGGUGCGGCUGCAGGUGUUUCGUACGCUGGACCGCGGCUGGGCCGUACGCUGCUCUGACGACCUCGACAAGGGAACCUUCAUCUGCAUCUAUGCAGGCGUCGUCCUCAGACUGGAGCAGAGCGCGGAGGAGCCGCCGGAUCUCCGCAGCAGAGAGGCGCCCGUGUCCGACGAUGAGGUGGAGGUGGUGGAGGAGUGGACGCUUCCCACAGGCCCUAAGGAGACGGUCCCUGAGAUGCUGGACUGCUCUCCUCCGCUGUAUGUUCCUGUGAUCCAGAGACCUGCGGAUCAGAGUCCAGGCGCUCCGCUCACGGACCAGCAGCAGUCACAGGACUGCAGUGAGACAGAGCGUGAGAAGUGCGAGGAGGUGUUGAGUAAGAAGCCCAGAUUAGCACACACCGGAUCGAACGGACACAACGACAGAGCUGACAUCACGUCACACACGCAUCAGAGACUCAAACAAGACAAAAUGUAUUACCUGGAUGCCUCUAAAGAAGGAAACGUGGCCCGAUUCAUCAACCACAGCUGUGAGCCGAACCUCUUCAUCCAGAACGUCUUCGUCGACACACACGACCCACAAUUCCCUCUCAUCGCCUUCUUUACAAACAGGUCAGUUAAAGCUGGAACUGAACUGACCUGGAACUACUCGUACACACCGGGCAGUGACCCGGAUCACGAGGUGAGCUGCCGCUGCGCCAGCACCACCUGUCAAUCACUCGUCAUCUGACACGCCCAGUUCUGUCUCAUCAACUUCUGCAUUUCCUGAAUGAAACCGGAUGGUUAUUGUUCUUCUUUGAGGGUGUUUUUAUGCAGCAGCUGAAGCUAAAAUAAAGUUGAGUCAAGCAA